CACAUCGAGUUUCCGCGAAAGACAUCGGUGAACACAGGAUCGAGGAAACAAUACCAAAGCAGCCAUGAAAUCCAAAGUCCGUUUCGAUGGCCUCGAUGUCGCAGCAAUGGUUUCGCACUGGAACCGAGUGGCUCUUGGACGACGCGUCAUCAACAUUUACAACGGGCCCAACGCCGAUACCUAUAUUUUUAAGAUGGACAAACUCACGUCUUCUACCGACGGCACGGGAACGAAGGAAGGCAUCGACGACGACCAAAAAACAGCUUCUUCCAACAUGCUCUUGUUGCUGGAGUCCGGUGUUAGAUUUCAUACCAGCCGUCAACCAUACGAGAAUCCCGGCAUGCCGUCGCAAUUCUGUGCCAAGCUUCGGAAACACCUGCGCGGGCUGCGCUUGGAACAGGUCACGCAGCUCGGGACUAUGGAUCGCGUCGUCCACUUGGUGUUCGGGAGCGGAGACACCCAGCGCCAUUCGCUGAUGCUGGAGCUGUACGCGAGGGGAAAUCUCGUGCUGACGAACAGCGAAUACACCAUCUUGUCCCUGCUGCGAAGCCACGAAUACAACAAAAAGAACGACGACAGUGACGCGAACACCACCAAUGACGAAAAGAAGGAAGAUUCAGCUGUUGUCGCAAGCAACGAUACCAUCCAGGUCAAGGUGGGSCAUGCCUAUCCUGUCACUUACGCUACUACCCUGACCGCAUCCGAUGGCGACAACCAUGGCAGUGACUCGAACCCGGAAACGAAGGAUCAAGACGACGAAAACGACGAAAUCCUGUUGACAACCUCGGAUCCGCUCUUGUGGUUUCAAAAUUAUCACGACGAAGAGCAAAAACGAACCGCUUCGGCAGCGGAGGCCGACGCGUCGAACACGAAGAAGAAAAAUAAGGGCGGUGGCAACAAGAAAAAGAAAAACAAUACCAGUCAUUUUGCCUGGAAGAUGCUGCUGACGAGGCCAUCGUCGGGGGUCUCGCAUUACGGCCCCUCCCUGCUCGAACACUGCCUGAGAUGCGCAAACUUGUGGGGGACAUCGGCCGUUGACACAGAUCAAGCGGAUGGAAAAGAUAAAAGCAAAUUUCCCCACGAUUUGACUACCAUCGAGGAAUGGAAAGCAUUGCAAUCUGUGUUGCAAUCGGAGGGAAGCCGCAUCUUGAACGGCAUCCAACACGGCGUUUCCAAGGGCUAUAUUCUCUACCAAGAUAAAAAGAAUAAGAACGGGGAAUCGUCUUCUUCGCCAACAUCUUCCUUCGAUGAUAAGGUCUUGCUGGAAUUCCAGCCCCACCUGUUGAAACAGCACGAAACGAUGCCGCGUUUGGAAUACCCCAACUUCGAUUUGGCCACGGACAACUUCUUUUCCCACCUAGAUUUACAAAAACGCAUCUUGCGCGCCGAGCAACAGCAGAGCCAAGCAGAAUCGCGGCUCGAAAAGAUUCGGCUCGAUCAAGAAAAGCGUGUUGCCUCGUUGAUAGAACAGCAAGAAUCAUUGCUGGAAGAAGCACAACUCGUCGAAAUUCACGCAGACAUGGUGGAAAAGGCCCUUCAAGUGGUUAACUCGGCGCUAGAUAGCGGAAUGGACUGGGAACAGCUGGAGGAUCUAGUAGAGUUGGAAGCAAGGCAAAACAACAACCCCGUGGCCAAACUUAUUUACAAGCUAGACCUGGAAAACGAACGAAUGGUGUUGCGGCUCCUUCGAGAGGAUGCCAUGUACGACAUCGAUGGUGACGAAAACGACAAUACCCGGUUCCAAAACGUGACUGUGUCAUUGCUCGAUACCGCACACGGAAACGCAAAAACGCUCUUUGCCAAAUACCGAGCUAGCAAAGAAAAGUCAAAGAAGACCACGGAGGCUAAUGCCAAAGCCUUGGAAGCAGCGGAAGAAACCGCAAAGCGGCAAAUGUUGGAGGCCCAGAGCCGCGCCACCCACAUCAAUCUCCAAGCAAAACGCAAACCCAUGUGGUUCGAAAAAUUCAAUUGGUUCAUAACCACAGACAACUACCUCGUCCUCGGUGGUCGCGACGCCCAGCAAAACGAACAAAUCGUGAAGCGCUACCUGCGACCGGGAGAUGCGUACCUCCACGCAGACGUCCACGGAGCUGCCUCGUGCGUGUUGCGUGCGAAGCGAAAACGCGACCCCAAGACCGGAAAGACGUCCCCAAUCCCACUCUCCAGCCAGGCUCUGCGCGAGGCAGGAAAUUUCACGAUAUGUAGAUCCUCGGCGUGGUCUUCUCGAAUGGUCACAUCUGCCUGGUGGGUGGAGUCUCACCAGGUAUCCAAAACAGCACCGACCGGGGAGUACUUGACUGUAGGAUCUUUCAUGAUACGAGGAAAAAAGAAUUUUCUUCCACCGUCUCAGUUGGAAAUGGGAUUGGCUGUUCUCUUUAAGCUGGGUGACGACGACUCUAUUCUUCGACACAAAGACGAGCGAAGGGACUUCGCACUGAUGCAACAAGACGAAGCUGACGACGUCGACGACGACGACGAUCUCUUCCGAGAUGACGUAGGGACUAGCGAGUCAAUGGUAGUGAAAAAGACCUCUAAGACGAAGGAUUCAGGGUUGAUUGAGGAAGAAGGCCCAACGAGAAACGGAAACUUAACGUUGGAAGAUUCUUCGAGAGAAAUUGAAACCAGCGAGGUGGCUCCAAACGUAUCGCCAGAUGCAGAAAUAUUUGAUGAUAAAAUCGACGUUCAGAAUGACGAUGGAAUAUUAGCCAACGAAGAGAAAGAAAUCAAACCGAAAAAGAAAGGUCUGUCUGUCAAAGAACGACGACUCAUCAAGAAAUACGGAUCCCUUGAAGCCGCGUAUGAUGCUGAAAAGGAAAGGAAACGGGCCGAAGAAGAGAGAAAAAUUGCUUCUCAGGGCUCAAAAGAAAAGCCAUCGAAUGAACCGAAACCAACAAAUCACAAACGUGGGAAAAGAGCAAAACUCAAGCGGAUGGCCAAGAAAUAUGCAGAUCAAGAUGACGAAGACAGGGAACUUGCACUUAUCGCCUUGCAUGCAGGUGAAAAACUGAAGAAGAAAGAUAUGAAAAAGGAACCACAAGUUAGCGAGAAAGGAAAAGAAGCCGCUGCAGAGACUAUUGCCAUCCUUAGAAAGGACUCUGCUGCUAUCGCGGCGAAGCUUCCGCAAGAAGUACAAAAUUCGUUGGCGAAGUGUGUUACUGUUGUCGAUGCUGAAGAUAAUCAAAUCAUAAGAUGGGACAAGCUUGAUGGCGAUGUUUUGGAACAGUUGAACUCAUUCGAAUCAGAAGAUCAAAAGAUUGCAGCUUCGAACCGACUGUUGAGUUUGAAAGAAACCUGCAGGAUUGAUAAUUUUUCUGCUAGUCUCGCUGGAAUCAUUCGAACGAUCCGCAUUCAUGGUCACGAGGGCCUCGGGAAAGGUUCUGAACGAAAUUCAAACAAUGAAGCUAGAAGGAAGAACAAGUCCGACAGAAUUGCCGAGGAAGAAUCGUGGAAAAAUACUCUAGCCGAAGAAGGUAUUCUUGAUGGAAAUAUUGAAGUAGAUGAUACGAUAGACGAUACUGCUGAGCUUAGCAAACUUUCAGGAAAACCUGAAAAAGACGACUUACUACUCUACGCAGUCCCUGUAUGUGCUCCUUACCAGUCUUUAUCAAAAUUCACGUACCGAGUCAAGCUGACUCCUGGCAAUUUGAAGCGGGGUAAAGCUUCAAAACAAUGCAUUGCUGUGUUUCUAAAAGACGAAAAGUCGAAGACUGGACUUGAGCAAAGUCGUGACCUCAUCAAAAAAGUAGCAGAUAACGAGUGGGUACAAGCGAUAUGUGGAGACGUUAAAAUAUCUGCUGCAGGUGCUAGUAAAGCUAUACAAAGAUCGAAGGCGAAGUCCAAAGCAUCGAAAAAGAACAAAAAGAAAUAAUACAAAUUAAACUACAAUAUGGACA